AUGGAUGAAAAACUUCUUGAUUCUAGCGAGGAAACCCAAGUAACGAUUAAAUCAUCUAGACCUAAUCAACAAUCCAUCAAUUCCAACGAGCUCAUUAUCAUUGAGCAACCAUCUGAACAGCAAAAUUAUGGCACUUCGGAAGAAUUACAAAACAUCCAAUGGAUGCAGCCACCACAAGUUUGCCAACCUGAUGCUCCACCUGGUCUUGAAUACUUAACACAAAUUGAUCAACUCUUAAUUCAUCAAGUGAUUGAGAUAUUCGAAGCCGUUACGGGGUUUCAAACACGAAAGCGAUUUUUUGUAAAGAAUAGUAUGGGCCAGCAAGUCUUGUUUGCCUCUGAACGUAAUGACUGCUUAACCAUGCAAUGCUGUGGAUCCAUUCGGCCAUUCGAAAUAAACUUAACCGACAAUAUGAAACGAGAUAUUAUCCAUUUAUCGCGCCCCAUGCGAUUAGGAUGCCGUUGCUUUCCAUGUUGUCUACAAGAAUUAGAAGUUCAAGCACCUCCCGGUGAAACUAUAGGUUACGUCCGGCAAAUACAAACCUUUGUUAAGCGAGAAUUCAACAUCUUAAAUACUUUCAGAGAUCCAGUAUUAAAAAUUAGAGGACCUUGCUGGUUGUGCUCAUGCCUUACCGACAUCGAUUUCGAUAUAUUAACGAGUGAUGGAGAGACUGUUAUAGGGAAAAUAACAAAGCAAUGGCCUGGAUUAUGGCGAGAAACGUUUACUCUUGCAGACAAUUUUGGGAUAAGAUUUCCAGUAGAUUUAGAUGUUAAAAUUAAAGCAACGCUACUUGGAGCUGUUUUCCUCAUGGAUUUCAUGUAUUUUGAAGGAAACAAUCGACGUAGAAGACGCUAUUAA